UUUUAUUUAAUGUAAAACAUAUUUCCAGGUUUUCAAAAUGAAGAUUUUAUUGAUGCUGUCUGCAUGUGUAUUGAUGGUGAAUGCUUGUGGAAAAGGAGGUGACCAUUCUGUUGACGAUGGAGGAUAUCAUUACACGAAUGAUGAUGAAAGACAUUCCCUUUACCCUAGAAUUCGUGGUGACAAAUAUGGUGCCACAUAUACCUACGAGAGGGGUGAUUUGGAAGUUUACGGAGGAGGAAGCAUGAAUUUAGAUAGAGACUGGGAGGCGGAAGUUGGUAUAGAAUACAGGUUUCGCAGAAGUGCCCAGUCGCCCAGGUUUAAUGUUACCCUUCAUGUGGACCCUUGUAGUUUCUUGGCGUAUGACCUCAACAGAAACGGAGAGUUCAGCAAAGACGAACUGAGUGCAAUCUUUGGAAAGGACGAAAAAGCCAACGCUCUGUUUGCAGGCCUUGAUAUGGAUCCAAGUGAUGGUGUUAUAACAGAAGAAGAAUUUCUGGCGAUUGGACCACUUAUCAUAGCAGACUGUUUUAAUAAUGAAAAGUAAUGCAUUGUAAUGCAAAUGGGUCCGUGAAAUGCAAUGUAUAACAUGAAGAUUACACCAAUAAACUCGUAUAAGACACA